GGCUUAAGAGCCCACACGGCUGUGGAGUCUAAGCGAGAUUCAUGCCUGAGGAAACGCAGCCUCUGCCUCAUCUCUCCUUGGCACUUCCUACACAUGAGGGGAAGACACACUUCUGUUUAGAAGACAAGCACCCAGAGUCAGAGCCCCUCACCCACCAUGAGGGGGACCUGUGUCAUCGCCUGGCUGUUCUCAAGUUUGGGGUUGUGGAGAUUCGCCCACCCAGAGGCACAGGGUGCAGCUCAGUGCCAGAAAGCUGAGCACCCUGUCAUUUCCUACAAAGAAAUCGGCCCCUGGUUACGGGAGUUCCGAGCGGAGGACGCUGUGGACUUCUCGCAGUUAACAUUUGACCCAGGACAGAAAGAACUUGUUGUAGGAGCAAGAAACUACCUCUUCAGAUUACAGCUGGAGGAUCUGUCUCUUAUCCAGGCUGUGGAGUGGGAGUGUGAUGAAGCCACCAAGAAGGCCUGUUACAGCAAAGGCAAAUCCCAGGAGGAAUGCCAGAACUAUGUCCGGGUGCUUUUGGUGGGUGGUGACCGGCUAUUCACCUGUGGGACCAACGCUUUCACACCUGUCUGCACCAACCGCUCGCUGAGCAACCUGACCGAGGUCCAUGAUCAGAUCAGUGGCAUGGCCCGCUGUCCCUACAGCCCUCAGCACAACUCCACAGCCCUGCUCACGGCCGGCGGGGAGCUCUACGCUGCGACGGCCAUGGAUUUCCCGGGCCGUGACCCUGCCAUUUACCGGAGUCUGGGCAUCUUACCCCCUCUCCGCACGGCACAGUACAACUCCAAAUGGCUCAACGAGCCAAACUUCGUUUCCUCUUAUGACAUCGGAAAUUUUACCUACUUCUUUUUCCGAGAAAAUGCUGUGGAGCAUGACUGCGGGAAAACCGUGUUCUCCAGAGCUGCCCGGGUCUGCAAGAACGACAUCGGUGGGCGGUUUCUGCUGGAGGACACCUGGACCACGUUCAUGAAGGCACGCCUGAACUGCUCUCGCCCCGGGGAGGUCCCGUUCUACUACAAUGAACUGCAGAGCACGUUCUUCCUGCCGGAGCUGGAUCUCAUCUACGGCAUCUUCACCACCAAUGUAAACAGCAUCGCCGCCUCGGCCGUGUGCGUCUUCAACCUGAGCGCCAUCUCGCAGGCCUUCGCGGGGCCCUUCAAGUACCAGGAGAACUCGCGCUCCGCCUGGCUGCCCUACCCCAACCCCAACCCCAACUUCCAGUGCGGUACCGUGGACCAGGGCCUGUAUGUCAACUUGACGGAGAGGAACCUACAGGAUGCUCAGAAGUUCAUUCUCAUGCAUGAGGUGGUGCAGCCAGUGACCACCGUGCCCGCCUUCAUGGAGGACAACAGCCGCUUCUCCCAUGUGGCCGUCGACGUGGUGCAGGGCCGAGACGCGCUUGUCCACAUCAUCUAUUUGGCCACAGACUACGGCACCAUUAAGAAAGUGCGGGUGCACAUUAAAAAAUACAAAAAUGGUAGCAAUGGUAGCAAAGGUAGCAUCCACUGCCUUUCUGUUGACCCUUUGGUGUGUGUUUGCAGUGCCUGCAUUGGGGCCCAGGACCCUUACUGCGGCUGGGACAUGGUGAGGAAGACCUGCUCCAGUUUGGAGGACAGCCUGAGCAUGACGCAGUGGGAGCAGAGCAUCUCUGCGUGUCCGACCAGGAAUCUCACUGUGGAUGGACGCUUUGGCGCGUGGUCUCCGUGGACGCCCUGCACGCACACAGAUGGCAGUGCUGUGGGAUCUUGCCUCUGCCGAACCCGCUCCUGUGACAGCCCGGCCCCACAGUGUGGUGGCUGGCAGUGCGAGGGCCCCAGCGUGGAGAUCGCCAACUGCUCCAGGAACGGAGGCUGGACCCCCUGGACGUCCUGGUCCCCCUGCAGCACCACCUGUGGGAUCGGCUUCCAGGUGCGCCAGCGCUCCUGCAGCAACCCCACGCCCAGGCACGGGGGCCGCGUGUGUGUGGGGCAGAACCGCGAGGAGAGAUACUGCAACGAGCAUUUGCUAUGUCCCCCACACGUGUUCUGGACGGGCUGGGGUCCUUGGGAGCGGUGCACAGCGCAGUGUGGCGGUGGCAUUCAAGCUCGCCGCAGGACCUGCGAGAACGGGCCCGACUGUGCAGGCUGCAAUGUGGAGUACCAGCCCUGUAACACCAACCCGUGCCCUGAGCUGAAGAAGACCACACCCUGGACGCCCUGGACCCCUGUGAACAUCUCUGACAACGGUGGGCACUAUGAGCAGAGGUUCCGAUACACCUGCAAAGCCCGCCUGCCUGAUCCGAAUUUGCUGGAAGUGGGAAGACAGAGGAUAGAAAUGCGAUACUGCUCCAGCGACGGGACCAGCGGCUGCUCCACCGAUGGGCUUUCUGGAGAUUUCCUGCGUGCUGGGAGGUACUCGGCCCACACCAUCAACGGGGCUUGGUCGGCCUGGACGUCGUGGUCUCAGUGCAGCCGGGACUGCAGCCGGGGCAUUCGGAACCGGAAGCGUGUCUGUAACAACCCCGAACCCAAGUACGGGGGCAUGCCCUGCUUGGGGCCGUCCUUGGAAUACCAGGAAUGCAAUAUUUUGCCAUGCCCAGUGGAUGGCGUGUGGUCUUGCUGGUCACCCUGGUCAAAAUGCUCGGCAACCUGUGGCGGUGGACACUACAUGAGGACACGCUCCUGCACCAAUCCAGCCCCAGCCUACGGAGGGGACAUCUGCCUGGGGCUGCACACGGAGGAGGCGCUUUGCAACACCCAGCCCUGCCCAGAGAGCUGGUCCGAGUGGUCAGACUGGGCCGAGUGCGAUGCGUCUGGCACCCAGACCCGUGCCCGCCAGUGUAUCCCCCUGUUCCCCGUGGGCAACCAGUGUUCCGGCAACAGCACCGAGAGCCGGCCAUGUGUUUUCGACUCUAAUUUCAUCCCAGAAGUUUCUGUGGCAAGAUCCAGUAGCAUAGAAGAGAAAAGGUGUGGAGAGUUCAACAUGUUCCACAUGAUUGCCGUGGGGCUGAGCAGCUCCAUCCUCGGCUGCCUCCUCACCCUGCUGGUCUACACCUACUGCCAGCGGUACCAGCAGCAGUCCCACGAUGCCACCGUCAUCCACCCCGUGUCACCUGCCCCUCUCAACACCAGCAUCACUAACCACAUCAACAAACUGGACAAGUAUGACUCUGUGGAGGCCAUCAAGGCAUUUAACAAAAACAACUUGAUCCUAGAGGAAAGAAACAAAUACUUCAACCCGCAUCUCACUGGGAAGACCUACUCUAAUGCCUACUUUACAGAUCUCAAUAAUUACGAUGAGUACUAAUAGCUCUUAUAUUUUUGGCUUCUUGUAAACCCCCAGUUCCCAAAGGCCUGAGCUCCAUGACUGCCCGUGUUUUUGAGGCUUCAGAGAUGAAGUUUGGACACAUGUCAAGAACAUUUCAAGCCACAAGUGUCUCACUCUUGCCAAAAAAGUAAACGUCCUUAAAAGCAACAAAACUCUAGAUAUGACAUGGUGAAAGUCUGCUCAUGACACUUGGUCGUUGUUGAAUGAGCCAUGAUGUGAAAUUUUUAAUUGUGUUCAGCCCAUUUCUCUAACAGGUUCAUGUUUUUUCUUGAGCUUUAUUUUGUAAAUGUGCCACCCAAGUUUAAGGCGUCUUUAGAUGUGUGAAUGUCUUCUUGCGUUUGAGUAUAAAUCUUCAUGAUGUUUUAAUUCAAGGAAAUAGGCACUUUAUCUGAGAGUCCUUCCCCACCCCCACCCAAGGAGCACUUAAGUCCAUCAUAUUUGAUAAAAUCAAGAAAAUGAAUGUGGCCAAUCAAUUAUUCAUCAUCAAUCUCCCAUCCUACCCAGCAGGGAUAGUACUGUGGAUUCUUGGAAACCAUCUUUGUUUGGACGUGGAGUGACUCUUGCCUGGGGAAACCCAGGGACCCCACCUGGCCUGCACCUGCAGAGGUGGCCAUCACAGUGGGGCCCGACCGCGGUCCUGACACUCUUGCUAUGUCGUCACUGGUGGAGGGAGGGCACAGAGCAGAGCCACAGACACAGGGAAGCUGCAAAACGAGCCUGACGCUGACGUUGCAUUUCAUGGCAUUCCAGGGAGCUCCUGGCCGUGCUGCUGGCCUGGAAGCCACCUGGCCUGCUCCCCCGCAAGGUCCUGAAGAGCCACUCUGUAAAUAACAGCCUGUUUAGCUUUUGGAUUGACUGCACGCCUCCUCUCUCCCUGCCAAGAAAAGUCUUGAACAUUUAUGAUGCCAAUUGGGAAAGUAUUGGAAGUGCUGAACUAUAACUGAAAACAUUUUAUUUUCCGUGUUAUGGAAAGUAGUGAAAAAACUGACAUUAAUGAAAAUCAGUUUGUUAUUGUCUGUCUCCCUGAUAUAACCAACGUGUAGCCAUCAGCCCCACCGAGAGCAUUAAGGCUGUGUGAAGCCGGCUCUCUGCAGCCCAUGGUCAUCUGUGCGGGUCCCUGUGAAGUGCUACUGCCGUGCCUGCUGUCACUUGCUGCUUCCAGGCCAGGGAAGCAGGGUGCUCAGCUCUGGUGCCUUUCCUUCUGUCUCAGUGCUGCCUGCCCCCCACCCCCCGCCCCCGCCCGGUGUGCCCAGGCCUCCUUCUCCCUCCAUAGAAGCGGAGGUAUUUCAAAGAUCAGAAGUCAGGGUGGCUGGAAGUAAGGUUGUAUUGAACCCCAUUGUCUCAACAUUGAUCACUGAUAAGCAUUUCAGAGUAUUCUAACUCCGUUCAUAGAGGACUCCAGGAAAUAAAUAAAUUUCUCACCAACAACCAGUUGAUGACAUAUGGGAGUUGGCUGAAUAUUGAGAGUGAGAAUAGAACUGAGAAUGUUCAUCCAGUGCCUUGGGCAUUGUGACAACGGCCUGGGAAGAUGUGGAAACAUGUUCUUAUUGAAAAAUGAACCUUCAGAUAUGUCAGAAUCUAUAGUAAGGUGUAAGGAGCACGGUAUUUUAUUAGCAUAUAUGUUUUUACUCUAUCCAAUUUAAAGAAACAAUUUCAGAAAGUGUUGGAAAAUCCCUAUGUUUAAGAAUGAAUAUUAUUGAUAUCAAAAUAUUCCCAUAAUUACCUGAGUUGGCAGGAAUGACUCUGUAUUUACAAUUAGAAUUAAAGUGGUAGGAGAGCUCUGGAAGGGCUGUUAGAUUGUGCAUGGAUGGCGUCCAGGCCUUCCCUGGGGACUUUCACAUCUCAAGCAUCCCUCCUGUGUGGUGUGAGGGUCCUCUGUGUACAGACAGACACUCCAAGGCCCACCCGGCAGGUGAAAUCUAGCAGACAGGUUCCUAAUCGUUCCUGGGUUUUCAUUGGGUACUUCAAAGCAUCUCAUCACUCUCCUGUAAGGAGAACCAUCCUCACUGGGUAGCCCUCAUUUAACCUGUAUUUUAAUCCACACCCCCAUCACCCAAUAUCUUCUAAGCGUAAAAGGAGAUUUUAUCUGUCUGGGAAAGAGGAUACUGAUAUUUCAAGAAUGUUUCACUGGAUUUAUGAAAAAAGCUUUCUAAAUGACAUCCAAGCUGAUCUUUAAUCAAUCCUAUGCGAUGACUGUGGGAAACACCCUCCCCCACCACAGAAAUUUCACAUUGCCGAUAGUAUAAACCUUUGAGAUUAGCACUGCAAAAAUCCCCUGAUUUUGGUUCCCUCACACUAUCAGUCUACCCCAAGGAAAAUUCUUUCUCUCUCUCUCUCUCUCUCUCUCUCUCUCUCUCUAAUAGAGAACAGUUGGCUUAGAUCCGUGAACCCUGAUGUUGGCAUCGUCUGUAAAUCCCUUUGGGGAGUACGGACACUUCAGCAGUGCUGGUUCUCCCCAUCCACAAGCACGAAAAGUGUUUCCAUUUGUUUGUGUCAUCUGCGAUUUCUCUCGGUGGCAGUUUGUGGUUCUCCUUGUGGAAAUCUUUCCCUUCCUGGUUAAGUAUCUUCCUAAGUAUUUUAUUUUCUUUGUAGCUCUUGUGAAUGGCGUUGAGCCUUCGGUUUGGUUUAGAACACCCUCAGCUGUAUUCUGAUUCUUUCAACCCGCCGUGGGAUGCCUCUUGCUGGCCCGCACUCCGUGGCAUAGCUUGUUCCUGCACGCCCCCCACACCAGGCCUCUCCCGCCUGCUGGGUCUGCGCCUCACUAUCUGCUGCCUCUGCUGAGCCCCCUUCACAAGCGGCACCUCCUGGGGCCAGGCAGUGUGGUGUCCUGCUAAAUGAACCCUGUGGGUCACAUUUGAAAUCAUGCGUGACUUUUCCUAUCUUUUUCCCUUUUCCUCGCUUUCCUCCUUCCUUCCUCCUUCCUUCUGUCCUUCAUUGUUUAAGGCACACCUAUGUGAAUAUGAAGGAAAAAGACCUCAGUUUCCGUUCAGUUCCUACAGUUCUCUCUGGCUGCACCUGAGGUCUGUGGAUUUCAUCAGGAAGCCGGCUUCAGUUGGACAUUUAAACUCUUUGCAGGAGACAGCGGUGCAGCUAGGAUCCCUUCUCUAGACUAGACUAGUCACCAUCUAUUUUCAGUCCUAAAAGGCUGUGACCUUUGACAGGAGAAGGUCAGAGUUUACACAUUUGGCCUUCCCCGGGUUUGAAGGACAAGUGGCUUUGAUGAAACUGGGGACUGUGUCCCCUCUGAAUGGUGGAUUCUGUGACGUCUAAGGACACCAGGGCACCAGGGCAGCCUCAACUGCAUGGGAGGACCACAGUCCCCGGGCACCUGGGCAUGUCCUCCAGAACCCUCCAUUUCACCCUGACCUUAUUUCUGUGCUGUUGCCCCUGCGACUUACAUGAGGCACCUGGAUGUCUGUGCUCCUGCAGAGACGUUUCUGUGAGUCUGCUCAAGUCAGUUCUGAGUAGAAUUAGCAUCAACAUUGGGGUCCUACAGAGGGUUUCUGGUGCGUGUGGAGAGGUGGGCUGAGAUUCUUAAGGAAAUGAAGAGGAAGUGACAUGGGGACAUCCCUGCCAUGGAGGAACACCUGUCCCUAGAGAGGGUCAGCCGUGGGUGAACCGGGAGUCUGGCCCCACUGACCCACAGGUGGUGUCAAAAAGAAAAGAAGCAACUUGGGGAACAGAUGAGUAGGUGAUGUGAAAGUGGGGUUCUGGUCACCCCGAAGUGAGUGCUAUAGCUGGUCCCAGGGGGAUCAGAACCCACAUGCUGAGAUCUGUAGCUCUAGCUCUUGGACUCUUCCAGGACCAACUUCCCAGAGUGCCAGAUUUUUAGCAAGUAUCCCUUCAUUUCCUUAUUUAUCUGCAAAAGGGUGGGAAACCAUGGGAUUCAAAGCCUACUUCUUUAUAUGUGUCCACUGAAGUCUUUGGUGGAAUGAGUGGGUCAUGCCAUCCAAGCAAAGGGUCUCCGUGUCUCCAAGAUGCCAUCUGAGGGCGUAGAUCAGAGUGUACUUGAAUGUCCAGGGAAACUUUAGAUGGUAAAUGUAAUUUUUAUCAUAUUUAGAUUAGAUAUAAGUGUAUCAGUUCUAUGUUCAGCUGAUCACCUUUUCUAAACAGAGCCUUCAUAGUAUUUGAUUAAAAAAUAUCCCUAUGCUUCUCUAUAGUAAUUUUUUAUUGUUUUUAGAGUAAGUCAGAAAUGUUUUCCCAACACGGUCAAACUACUUCCUUAUCAACUUUCACCCCCAGGCCAUCCACUUUCUUUAGCCUCAGGGCACCAUGUGUACUUUGGUGGGGUUUUCUUGUGUGUGGCAUUUUGUAUUAAGAGUAAUGCCAAUGAAGUCAGCAUCCCUGUCUCUAAGGAUGGCUCUGGAGCGCCUGACCCCGGGCAGAGGCCCCCUGGUUGCUAUAAUGAGCUGCACCUGCAUCAGUGCAGCCCUUUCCACAUGGGGACAGGAGUGCGCCUGACUCCCACAGCUCCAGCUCAAUCUCCAUGAAGGCAUUAAUGGCCAAUGGCAGACACCCUGCCAUCUCUCUAAUGUGGUACAAACUGCAGUUCACGGAUGGUGUUGGCCAUGCCCAGCCAUCCAUACGUCCUAACCUCUGGAUCACUCUGUGGUAUACCUGCCUACCUGUUAUUGGAGACCAGAAGCCUUCCUAAGCCCCCAGCUUCUUUGGACAAUGGGUGUGAAAUGGGAGAACAUGGAGUUAUAUUCACUUUGUACUAAGAAAUGCAUGAAAGGAAAUGCCUGGUAAUCACCUUGUAAAAUAAAAUAACUGGAGGGGACCAUGGUGGAAUUUGAUUCUGCUGUUCUCUCCUAUUGAGGUCAUUGAUUAUAAUUGAUUUAAAGAUGUUUUACAACUUCCACAAUUCAGAGCCAAUGCAUUCAGGUUGUCUGUGUUGACAACCUAGUGAAAGAAAAUGCCUUGCUUUCAUCUUAGCUUCUUUUCUCUCUUGGAAUUUGAAAAGUGGUAAAUGAGAUGUCAUGUUGGACUAAUUGGCGGUGAUUUCUAAACUGCCUCUCCCAUCCCCCAUUUUUAUGGACUUAAGAUGCAUUUCACAUACUGGUUAGCAGAUGGAUCAAUGUUUUACUCAAUGGUCACCUCCUGUUCUAUCAGAAAUUUGGUACCUGUUAGAGAAGCAUCAGAAAUGACCUCUCCUCCUUUGAAAAUGAAGUUCACCCUGCAAGUGACUACUGCAGCCUCAAAAAUCAAUCUCAGAGCCGGGCAAACAGUGUACAGUUCCUAGUGAAAGCUGCCUCAAAGCAUAGUCCUUUAUGAGAGAUUGCAUUCGUUCUGCCAUAGACGGCAAUCCAUCGUAUUACCGGCAAUCAGAGGCAAUGUCAAUUCUCACUCAAGCAGACAUGUUUAACGCAUCCUACGAUGGGGAUAACUGUCCAUGGGAGGAGAAAAGCAGAUGUAGAAAAUGACUCUAUGGCAUUUCUUCAACUAAAAUAACAGGCAGGCAAGAACAUUUAUUCCACCGCUUCCUGAUUAGCCAGAAAUCCAGGACCAGUAGUUCCAAUGUGAUCCUAUUCUUUCUCAGCUUUUUGGCAAUUUGAUGCCAGAUGGUCCAAAUGGUCGAUAAAUGGCAGUAUGAAUAGAAGGGUUCAAACGUGAGAUAAAUACACGCUAGAUGCAGAGUCUGGGAAACUUUCCAGAAUUCUGGAAAAAUCAAAGCAAUUUUAUAUUAUAUGGGCAAAAAGAGAGCAUGGUUAGUUGCCCUGUAUGUAAGUGCAGAUACUUUAAUUUCCUAGAAGAAGUUGCUAGUGCCUUGUUUAAGAUGAUGAUUUAUUAUUUUACCUGGAUAUUAAUGGUUCCAAUUGGACUCAGAAGAUUGGUCAGAUGUACUUUAAAGAAAAUCAUUCUUCUAUGCCUCUUUGAACUCAGGAAUAUAAAAUGACCAAGAGGCACAUCAUGUUCAGAAGGGGAUCAGCACAUCUCACCGGGAUGUGGCACCACAACAGGUGCAGAGGUGUGUUCAGAAUAGAGGUGAACUCAGUCUUGGCCCUCCAGAAACUCACAUCACCUAAUAUUUACAUCUUCCAAAAAACAGCUUAGUGUGUGCUCCAUAAUAAGAAUGUCUAUGUGAUGCCAGUAGAAGUCAGAAGUCUUUGUUUCUCUUUAGGCAGGUUGGUACUUAUGGAAAAGUCAGAUACAGCUGAGAGCUGGUCCAAAUACAGUACAUAUGGACCGAGAGCCGCCUAGAACACUCCUAACUAUUAUUACUAUUACUUUUAGUCAGCAUGAAAACUACUUCACAAGUACGAAAACAUUGUAACUCUUAAUUUGUAUUGAGAAUGUGAACAGUAUUUCUCUGCUAAAAGUGAUUAAUUUUCCCUUGUAUCGUGACUGUUGGCCUGAAUCAAGCGGAGGCUUCUGCACAUUGAAAGAAAGCACAGUAUGAACCUUCAAACGAAACACUCAGAUCCACCCCUGAACCUAUGCCAUAUGCAAAGAAAGUGCACAAACUUGGCCCAAUGUAAAAUUCAUAGAAGAUGCGUAAGAAAACUUGUGUUAGGACACUUGAUGUGACUUGACUUUUAAAGCUAUUAAGAAAUGUUAAAUGCCUCAUUCUGUAUUAAUUUGCUGUUUCCUGUUUUGUGAUACAAAAUAAACAUUUUUGAGAUUUAUUUCACUUUUUUCAUGAACCUUUUCCAAAGCCAACUUCAGCCCUUGGUAAACUUGCAGACAGUUACAGGUCUUAAAAUUAAUUUUUAAUAAAAAUUACAUACAAAUCAUAAUGGAGCUUCUUAAAGAACGAGAUGGUUUUACAUUUCCCCUCAGAUGAAUGAGGAAAUAGAUUUUUGGAUGCUUUGCUGGGAGGGCUGUGGAUCCCUGGGUAUUUUCCCCUGGCGCCAUCGGACGUACCAUACUUUCUUCCCACCCUUACAUUUGAUUGUCAGAUUUUCUUUGCAAGCAUCUUAUUAGAUAUAUGUGGUAGAAAUUUCCAAUCAUCACUUCUUUCAUCUUUUCUGUCCCUCCAUUCUCUGGUCCUAAAUGCUCCCCAAGAGCUGUCUAGGUCUAUAUCUUAGAUUGUUGCUUUAAUGACAAUUAGCAGAACAUGGUUUUCAGAAAUCAGUUAGAGACACCAGUUGCAGCCACCCACUGAGGGAGCUCAUUCCCUGCCACACUGGACCAGUGAUGGGAGUCAGAGGAGGAGGAAGUGGGCAGAGGUUACAUAACCAUGGGUGGGACUCGACUUGCACCUGCUCUGAGCCUCAGCACUGCGGACAGCAAACAUGUUUAUAAGGUAAAAUGAGCUAUUUCUACAGAAGCGAAAAUGUGCUCACUGCUCUUGGUGCGUUACCAAUUUCUUUAUCUCAACCUUCUGCAUCUUUUUUAAAACAAUUCAUGAAGGAUGAUCCUGAGUAUGGCUAAGAGGGCACCAGUCCCCCAUUCACAGCAACCCCCUCCUUUCCAUUUCUACUCACCAACAUUUGGGGGUGGGGACAAAAUGAGGGAACCCUAAUUCUGUACAGUAUAAAUUGUAUUAUAUAUUUUGUACUUAUGUUUUAUGUAAAUAGUUUGUCUCAUUCAAUUGUAUGUGAGCACUGAAAUAAAUCCUACCAUUUAGGAAACAC